CUGUAGAAAUUUUUUUAGCAAACAGUUGAAGCUUUGUUCCUCCACUUUUGCAGUUUGUUGAUAACCAAUCAUGCUUUGGCCAAUUCAUCUCUCUUGUCUCCUCUCUUUCCUUCCACUUCUUGGUGUAGUAGCUUUGACGAAUACAAACGAUUGUAAGUUCUAUAUUUUUUAUCUCCAGUUUUUUUACUGUAUUAGCUAAUUCACAUAAACAACUACUACUACUUUUUUUCUUUUAUGUAUAAUAUUGCUAACAUCAAGUGUUGAGAUUGCAAAAAUAGUUUCUCUUCAUCAUAAAUUUGUGGAGUUGCAAUGUUGUUGCUCUGAAGGCCUUGAUGUCUAACUGGGAUAACCACCCACCUAACUGGAAUGGCGCUGAUCCAUGCGGGAGUGGUUGGGACGGGAUCACCUGCACAAACGAUCGAGUUCAAUCCAUAACUUUAGCAAGCUUAAAUCUAAGUGGUCAGCUAGCAUCAGACAUUGAAAAACUAUCUGAGUUGCAGAUUUUGGAUCUUUCCUAUAACAAAGGCAUCACAGGAGAGCUCCCUUCAUCAAUAGGAAAUUUGAAUAACUUGACCAGCUUGAUUGUCGUAGGUUGUGGAUUUAGCGGUCAGAUACCACCCUCAAUCGGAUCCCUACAAAAGCUGGUUUACCUGUCUCUCAACUUGAACAACUUCGUUGGUCAAAUACCGGCUUCCAUUGGUAAUAUACCGAAUCUUUUUUGGCUUGAUAUAGCUGAUAACAAGCUCACUGGGAGCAUCCCCGUCUCCAAGGGAAGCACGCCAGGUCUUGAUAUGCUUGUCACUACUAAGCAUUUCCAUUUUGGAGGGAAUCUAUUGUCGGGCGAAAUACCAUCUCAGCUAUUUACCUCAGAGUUAACUCUUAAGCAUUUACUUCUCGAAAACAACCGGUUUACUGGCAGAAUUCCUACCACGUUGGGGCUAGUACGAAGUUUGGAGGUUAUACGCCUUGAUAGGAACUUGUUGAUUGGAGCUGUUCCGGGCAACCUCAACAACCUCAGUAGUGUCCAAACACUGCACUUGGAAAACAACAAGCUGACAGGACCUCUGCCCAACCUCACUUCCAUGGAUUCCCUCAACUACGCGGACUUGAGCAAUAACUCUUUUGAAGCAACAGAUGUUCCACCAUGGUUCUCAUCUCUGCAGUACUUGACUUCAUUGAUAAUGGAGAAUACACACAUUAGAGGGGAACUGCCUGAUUCAUUGUUUAGCCUUUCUCAGCUGCAAACUGUGUUAGUAUCAUACUACUUGCAUAAUUUAGGCUUUGUAUGGGAAAAUUAUGCAACUUUUCUUUUGUACCGUAUUAGCGUAUUGAGGAGAAAUCAAAUAAACGGCACGUUGACUAUUGGCUCCAACCGCAACAACCAGCUGAAGCUGAUCGAUCUGCAGAACAACUUCAUUGAUGCAUUCCCUGCAAGUGAUGAUUAUAGUACUGUUGAAAUUAUACUUGUUGGAAAUCCAAUAUGUGAAGAAGGGAUCACAGAGGACUACUGCACCAUCUCUAACGACCGGUCUAAUGACACAUACACAUCGCCACAGCAAAACUGCACACCUCUUCAAUGCAGCAAGUAUCAGAUUCUGAGCCCAACCUGCCAAUGUGCAUAUCCUUACUCGGGCACCUUAACCUUCCGGGCUCCCUCCUUCUCCAACUACGGGAACAAUAGUGUCUAUGAAUCACUUGAGCAAGCACUGAUGAAAUCAUUCAAGUCUCACAACCAACCAGUGGACUCAGUUUCACUAUCUAGUCCGGUGAAGGAUUCCGUUGGCUAUUUUCAGUUGCAUCUUGAUAUCUUCCCCUACAGUCAGCUUUACUUCAACUGGACAGGGAUUGAAAGAAUAGGCUUCAUGCUAAGUAAUCAGACUUUCAAGCCCCCACAUGAGUUUGGACCCUUUGUUUUCCACGGAAACGCAUACCAAUACUUUGCAGGAUACACUGCAGGUUCGCAUAAAUCAAGUAUAAGCACGGGUGUCAUUAUAGGAGCCACACUUGGUGCAUUCGUUCUGCUUCUGUUGCUGCUGGUGGCCGGAGUUUAUGCAUUCCGUCAGAAGAAAAUAGCCAAAUCAGCUUCCAAAAGGAGUGAUCCAUUUGGAUCAUGGGACCCCAAAACAGACAGUGGCGGAGUCCCACAGCUGAAAGGAGGCAGAAGCUUCACGUUCGAGGAAAUCAAGAAAUUCACCAACAACUUCUCUACAAGCAAUGAGAUUGGAAGUGGUGGUUAUGGAAAGGUGUAUAGAGGAACACUUGUGAAUGGGCAGCUAGUUGCAAUAAAAAGAGCUCAGCAAGGGUCAACACAGGGGGCAUUGGAGUUCAAGACUGAGAUUGAGCUUCUCUCAAGGGUUCAUCACAAAAAUGUCGUUGGUUUGGUCGGUUUUUGCUUCGACAAGGGAGAACAGAUGCUGGUCUACGAGUACAUCACCAACGGAACGUUGAAGAACAGUCUCACAGGGAAAACGGGGAUCAGGUUGGAUUGGAGCAGAAGGCUGAAAAUAGCACUCGGGGCAGGGAGAGGUGUGCACUAUUUGCACGAGGAAGCAAACCCUCCCGUCAUACAUAGAGAUAUCAAAUCAAACAACAUCUUAUUGGAUCAUCGUUUGAAUGCCAAAGUAGCAGAUUUUGGUCUCUCAAAGUGUAAGCCAAUGUCUGAACAGGACAAGAGUCAUCUCACCACUAAUGUCAAAGGCACAAUGGGUUACUUGGACCCCGAGUACUACAUGACGCAGCAGCUGACCGAGAAGAGUGACGUCUACAGCUUUGGAGUGGUGAUGCUGGAGCUUCUGACGUCUAGGACCCCCAUCGCGAAGGGGAAAUACAUCGUGAGGGAGAUCAAGAAGGCGCUGGACAAGAGCAAGAACUUGUACAACCUGGAGGCCAUGCUGGACCCCAUAGUGGCGUCCAACAUGGCGCCAGGGAGCGUGGAGAGGUUCGUUGAGAUGGCGCUGAGGUGUGUCGAGGAGUCGGGGAGUAGUAGGCCGAACAUGAGUGAGGUGGUGAAAGAGAUAGAGAAGAUCAUGGAUCUUGCAGGGCUGAAUCCAAGUAAUGAAUCUGCAUCAACAUCAGACAACUAUGAAGGAACUAGUAAAGGAUCCAAGGAUCCUUAUGCUAAUGAGAGCCUGCUUUCAUACAGUGGGUCAGAAUCCAAAUAGAACAAACAUAGGAGUAUACGUGUAUCUUUCUCUGCUUUCAUGUACAAACGUGUAUUUAUGUUAAGACAUUCUUCUUGUAAAUGGGGGAUGAAACUGUUCAAACC